UAGCCAUAUAUAUGAAGUCAAUGCAAGGAAUAACACGCUGACUAACAGAUGUCGGCAACCGGGGCGAAUUGAGUUCCGUGAUCCGGCUAGUGUGGAGGAAGCACCUGACAGGAGCUGCGGGAAGGAGGUGCUUGGCGAGAUAUUCAUCACUCCGGGUUCGAUGAUACGUGAAGUCAUCUAUGCCAACACCGAAAAACCCGUCGAUGAGUGUCAGAAGAUAUUCGGAAGAUGGGCAAGAAACCCCAUCGGUAACCUUCUCUCGUCGCCUCACCUAUCUACCUAAACGCUCCCAGUCCGAAUAUUAAGCACAAACGCCUUAAGUAUGAAUCUAGAAGACGUCGAGGAGGGCCGCGCGGCCUCGGAGAGCCUCGACCCGUACCAGCAAACGCACAAUUUACUUCGACACAUCGCCCGCAGCUUCAUCGGUCGAUGGAACCAUCACGGUUCCGCCCAGCCGCACUCUGCCCCUAACUCUUUUCUCUCAGACGUCCCACGAACCUCCCCCGAGCGGCUCGCGCGCGCGGCCGUCGGCACGCCCGACAGCAACUCCGAGCUCACUGUCCUGUACUUGGCGUACGGCUCAAACCUGUCGUCCUCGACCUUCCUCCGCUUCCGCGGCAUCCGGCCCAUCAGCCAGGUCAACGUGUCGGCGCCCGGCCUCGACCUGUCCUUCGACCUGCCGGGCCUGCCGUAUUGGGAGCCGUGCUUCGCCAACGUCGUCCCGCGCAAGCUGCCCAAGCCGCCGCUCCCGAUCCCGGGCGACCCGCCGAAGCUGCCCCUCCCCCCCGCUCCCCCUGCUCGCCCCUCUCCCCCUUCUCUUCCCGGCAACCUGCCGCACGUACAUCCGCCGCUCCCGCACACAGGCGUCGGCUGGGCUGGAGACGGGGGGGAGGUCCAGGGCGGAAGACAGCCCCCAUCGACACUGCUCCCGGCGCUCCCGCCGGCGCCCCCGGUGUGGCACAAGGGCCUGUACGGCGUCGUGUACGAGGUCACGGCGGCCGAUUACGCGACCAUCAUGCGCACGGAGGGCGGCGGGGCCGCGUACCUCGACGUGCUGACGCCGUGCAUCGCGCUGCCGCCGGCGCUCCGCAUUCCCGAGAAGCCGCCGAUCCCGGAGCCGCCGGCGCCGCCCUUCGUCGCGCACACGCUCCUCGCGCCGCGUCUGCCCGCGCCACCCGACGACGACGACGACGACGGCCGCGGCGCCUCUCGCCGCAGCUGGUGGACCCGGCUCCUGCUCCCCAUCCGGCGCCCCGACCCGGACUACGCGCAGCCUAGCCCGCGAUACCUCGGCCACAUCCGCGACGGCGCCCGCGAGCACUGCCUCCCCGACGACUACCAGGCGCACCUCGCGCGGCUGGCCGCCUACGCCGCCACGACGCGCCGCCAGCGGCUCGGGCGCUGGCUGCUGCUGCUCGCCGUCGCCCCGCCCGUCGCCCUGCUGCUCGCGCUCGGCGCCCUGCUGGCCGACGGCGCCGGCACCGUGCCCCGCUGGCUCGCCGCCGCCGAGACCGUCCUGCUCAACCUCGUGUGGAUCGUGUACGACCGGCUUUUCAAGCAGUCAUUUGGCGACGGGGAGCACACGAUAGACGACGAAGACGGCGGCGGCGACGGCGCGGGGCAGCGGGGGACGAGGGCCUGGAGACGGAGCGAUAUCGUGGGUGCUGGGAGUGCGAGGGGCAGCGAGAAGAGCGCGCUGCUGGCCGAUUGGUAGAAUUAUACGGAAUCACUACGAGAGCAGCAAUGUUUACGCGGGAAUUCAGAUAACAGCAGGGAGGUAAAUUCACGAGUAUCUCUUUUUCGGGCAUAGGAUAUCACAUCAUGUUCACUUUGUCUGUUUACGUAGCCUAUUACUUUACCGCUUCUGGUCCUCCCACCCCCUU